UAGAGCCGUGGCGGAGCAAACGCACGAAGUCCAAAUUCCAUCUCCCUUUCCGUGUCCCCGUGCCUCUUCCCGCCCCAUAACGGAGAUGUUGUUCCUCGGAAUACUGCUCAGCAUCUUCAUACAAGAUGUGGUCACCUCCUUGCCGCCCCUCCCCCCGGGCAUUAUGGACUGUGUGGAGGCAGAGAGUGGGUGUGAAGCAGAUCCCCAGUGCAAGGAGCUGUACAGCACCUUGCGGUACUGUGUGUCUGAGGAGGAGGUGGCUCCGCAGGGGAGCAAGGCCAGGAUAGGGUGCCUGGAGGCCCUGAGCGCCCUGCACUACCCCCCCCUGUUGGCCUGCAAGUGUCAGCGCGGCGCACGCAGAGAGGAGCACUGCCUCCGAGUCUACUGGAGUAUCAGGAUCCUGCAGAGUUAUGAGGACUUGGAGGCGUCUCCCUAUGACGACUCGCCAGUGGAAAUGUCUCACAUGGCCUCCAUAGUGGCCGCAGCCUCCUCUCUUCCUCUAGAUGGACAGAACGCGUGUCUGAAGGCAGCCCAGGACUGUGGUCUGUAUGAGAAAUGCGGGUCCUUGAGGUCUGAGUACGUCCUGGCCUGCACUAAGCGCGUCCCAGGCUCGGACCACUGCAACAGGCAGAAGUGCCACCGGGCGCUGCGGCGCUUCCUGGAGCGUGUCCCAGGGGAGUACAGCCUGGGGUUGUUGUUCUGCCCCUGUACUGACAAACUGUGUGGGGAGAGACGCAGGAAGACCAUUGUCCCUUCCUGUUCCUACCAGGAGAGAGACGGGGAACAGCCCAACUGUCUGCAUCUGCAGAGCUCCUGCACGAGGGACCAACUCUGCAGGUCCAGACUGGCUGAUUUCCAGCAUAACUGCCAGUCCUCCGGCCACUCCCCCUCGGCCUGUUUCAGAGAUAGUGGAACAGUGUGCCUCAAAUCCUACGCUGGACUCAUCGGCACCAUCAUGACCCCCAACUACCUUAGCAACAGCACUAUGGACGUGGCCCUGUGGUGCAAUUGUGAGGGCAGUGGCAACCAAUGGAAGAACUGCCUGAAGAUCCAGAACAUGUUCACCAAUAACGUCUGUCUGGAGCACUCCAUAAGUACCAUGGGUAGCUCUCCACCUCGGCCAGUGGAGAGCAUUCUUCCCCCUUCCCCUCGCCCCUCCCCCCUGGACCAGCAGAACAAACUCAGCAACAACGCCCAGGAUGAGCUCAGUAACAACGCUGUGGAGCAGAGUGAGGAAGAGGAGGAAGAGGAGGAGGGGGGUCAGUUUGACGUGAUCCCUCUCUAUGCUGAGAAGGCCACGGUGUCCAAUCUGGGUUCUGGGGGUGGGGGGGUGUCCCCCCGUCUGUCCUCAGCCCCCCCUCCCUCCCUGCUGCUGCUCCUUCUGCUACUGUCUGCCUCUCUGAGCUGGGGGUAAGGAGGGGCGGGGCCCUUGCACACAGACACAGAGACUCUGAGAAAGGCACAGAGAGAGAGAGGAGGGAGAAAAUAAGAGAAGAUAAAGGACCUCUAGUGUUUAUUGCUUCCUUCCUUCUCUCUUCCUUUUGAGACAGUCUUGUACAGUCUGUUUUCUUUUUUUUGCUUCACCUCCCACUGUCAGGUGAUGGUUUUGCCCGAUGGAGACUUUUUGUGUAUGACAGACAUAGAGGUGAACCAACUCCACAGUGACAGAGGGGGGUUAAACUGAGUGACUUGAUAUAUGAUAUGUGAGUAAUUUCCUCCUUUGGUGAAGAAGUGACAGGUUACCAUGAGUCCGAUGGCGCUUUAGUAUAUCCAAGCUUCACUCUGUCCAUUCAUACCUCUGUACUCUCCAGUGAUGGAGAAGUGCUUACAGUCAGUGUUAGGAAGGAAUGUACACUGAGUAUACCAAACAUUAGGAACACCUUCCUAAUAUUGAGUUGCCCUCAGAACAGCCUCAAUUCGUUGGGGCAUGGACUCUAGAAGGUGUCGAAAGCGUUCCACCGGGAUGCUGGCCCAUGUUGACUCCUGUGCUUCCCAUAGUUAUAUCAAGUUGGCUUGAUGUCCUUUGCGUGGUGAACCAUUCUUGAUACACACGGGAAACCGUUGAGCAUGAAAACCCAGCAGCGUUGCAGUUCUUGACACAAGCCGGUGCGCCUCAAAGGCACUUGCAUCUUUCGUCUUGCCCAUUCACCCUCUGAAUGGCACACAUACACAAUCCAUGUCUCAAUUGUUUCAAGGCGUAGAAAUCCUUCUUUAACCUGUCUCCUCCCCUUCA